UGUCGGGCCGACCGUCGCGAGUGUUUGUAAUGUCGACAAGAAUGUUGACGUUUAAUUCAACUCGUCGGGAGCAACGGGUACGUAACGCGCGAAUGUCGUGAAUAAUGUCAACGACUUCCUCGUAACUUAAUGCGUGCGGUCGUGAUAAUGUUACGCGCGACAGAAUCGACGAAAGCUCCGCGGGCUUCAUGAACGAACAAUCGCCGUACGCGCGAGGGCUUUGGCUCGAACUGUGACGCGCCAUAUUGGUUCAAGAGAAUUGUUCAUAGUUAGUGGGCUUUGGGUGAUUCAGUUUUUAUCGCAAAUGUACGUAGAAUAACAGAGUUUCGGACGAUGGAAGAGACUAAGAUCAUUUAUCACAUCGACGAUGAGGAGACCCCUUACUUGGUGAAGCUCACCAUAUCACCGGAAAGGGUCACUCUCGCCGACUUCAAGAAUGUCUUGAAUCGGCCGAAUUAUAAGUAUUUCUUCAAAUCAAUGGACGAUGAUUUUGGUGUGGUGAAAGAAGAAAUUGUAGAUGAUGAUGCUCAUCUUCCCUGUUUCAAUGGACGUGUUGUCUCUUGGUUGGUGUCGGCUGAAGGCAGUAAUGUGUCAGAUGGUGCAUCACAGUGCACAGAUUCAGUGGCACAUAGCGAGGCCAAACAUGAUCGUGUUGACCAUGUAACACCUGGCCACACAACUCGUGGUCCACCUCCACUUUCGCACGAUGACACUUUAACUGAAACUGAAAGUAUUAUAAGUAGUCGACAAGGGCAUCAUUUACAUAAAAGUUCGAGACAUCAUUCAGACAAAUACGAAAAAUAUAAUAAGUAUAAUGGACUUCGUAUAAAUGGUCAUUCAAAGCACAGAUCAGGCCAUGGUUAUGAGACUGCUUCUAUUUUAAGUUCAGAUUUAGAAACAACAACGUUUUUAGAGUCAGAUGACGAUGCAAGUAGCCGCAUAACGUCAACAACUGGCAGACAUACCAAUAUGAGUAGUACAGUUGACAGAGCUACCUUAGAUCGGCGUAGACCACAGAGAAGACGGCGUCACAGAUUACCACCUAUGUCUAGAACAUCAUCCUUUAGCAGUAUCACAGACAGUACAAUGUCCUUAAAUAUUAUAACAGUUUCGUUAAAUAUGGAUACUGUUACCUUCCUUGGGAUUAGUAUUGUUGGUCAAAGUAACAAGGGUGGAGAUGGGGGAAUCUAUGUUGGUUCAAUAAUGAAAGGGGGAGCUGUCGCUUUAGAUGGUCGAAUAGAACCUGGAGAUAUGAUUCUUCAAGUAAAUGAUAUUAACUUUGAAAAUAUGUCUAAUGACGAAGCAGUUAGAGUACUUCGCGAAGUGGUUCAGAAAUCAGGACCAGUGAAAUUAGUAGUUGCAAAAUGCUGGGAUCCUAAUCCAAAAGGAUAUUUUACAAUACCACGUACAGAACCUGUAAGACCUAUAGAUCCUGGUGCUUGGGUGGCACAUACAGCUGCUAUAAGGGGUGAAGGUUUUCCUCCACGCCCACCAAGUGCCACGACUUUAACAUCGACGUCGAGUAGUCUUGCAAGCACAUUGCCAGAUACAGAAAGACCGUUAGAGGAACUUCAUCUUACAGUGAAUACUGAUAUGCCAACAAUAGUAAGAGCAAUGGCUCGGCCGGACUCGGGUUUGGAGAUUCGUGAUCGUAUGUGGCUUAAAAUAACAAUACCGAAUGCAUUUAUUGGUGCAGACGUGGUGGAUUGGCUUAAUAAUCAUGUAGAAGGAUUUAUUGAUCGUCGCGAUGCAAGAAAAUAUGCAUCUCUCAUGCUAAAAGCUGGUUUUAUUAGGCACACAGUAAAUAAAAUAACAUUUUCCGAACAAUGUUAUUAUAUAUUUGGCGAUCUUUGUUCAGCCAUGAGUAGCAUGAAGCUAGAUUGCGAUACAGUUGGGCCAUUACCACCACCAAAUGCCUGGGAUAUGCCUUAUUCAGGAACAUAUGCACCUCAUACUGCAACUGGAUACAGUCCAAUGCCAUUUAAUUUCACUAACGAACCAACUGUUUAUGGUUAUCAUCGAGAAGAAAGUGUUCAUAGUGGUUCAGGAGGUAGUAGCGCAGGUAGUGAGCACAUUUGCAAAGAACCUAUCCAUGAUUUAAAGUCCUGUUCUUCAGCGUCUGAAACCGAAUUGCAUAUUCCGUCGGUGCCAACUAUGCCGAGUAAGAAUUCUGGCAAUGGAAAUGGUUCGAACGGAAAGAGGUCUAAUGGUAGUCGCAGUCGCUCCAGUGGUUCUGAACAGUCUGUGCAGACAGGAACUGGUUCAGGAAAUCAACAGAACCAACAAGACUUAUCUGAACGGCGUAUGCACGAGGAAACUCAUACACAGACUAGCGAUUUGGACAACAAUAGCAGAGACAAUAUCUACGAAGAAGACAUUUUGGAGUACCAGUUUCUGCAUAAGUGAAGAAUAUUUGUUAACACAAUACGUAUACGUAACAGUGGUAAUAGGAGUUGAACAGGAAGUUAAGGUACAUUUCCACUUGACUUUAAUUAGGUGGACGGAAGUAGCACACGCGAAACAUAUAUUUAUAUAUUUAAUAGGCCAAUUUUGAUAAAACGUCAUAGAAGGUAAAGAAUCUAAACUCUCGUAUAAUUUGUAAUGGCUAUACAUAAUAGGAUUAAGGCCAUCGAAUUUCAUGUGGUAUGUAAUAUCACUACGAGAAUGUCUAUAUCUACAAUCUGCAUAAAUUGAAGAAUUUUGAAAAACGAUGGCGUGCUUCUUUAAUGCAGGGUGCAUGCAGAUUGCAAAAAAAAAAAAAUAACUCUUCAUUACUCGAUACGUGUAUUGUUUUAUUCAUCGGAGCGUCUUACAUACAUAUACUUCAGCGAUAUACAUAUGUUUUCAUUUUCAAAAGAUCGCGACGAUCCUUUGUAUCAUUCGUCGCGUGUAUUUUUCAUGUCAUUUAUCAAUUUUUCGAGAACGGACUUCCUAGAUAAGUCGUGAGCUUUUCAUUUUCGAAAAGAAGUAUUCCACCGAAUUUAAUUGUAACUUUUUUAAUAAUACCGUAUACAAAGUACGGCUAUAAGAAUGUCGGAUCUGCGAAAUGCGGCAUCGAAACUACGAUUUUGCAUAUAAUAUAAGGCAAACGAGCAAAAAGUAUCAAUAAUACGAAAGGGUAUCCACAAAAUUCCUGAUUUAUUAGUACAACUUACGACUGCAAAUAAAUGCGCCUCUUAUAAUCAAGUGUCAGCUCACACUAUGGAAAUUAAUUAGUAUAAAGCAUAUUGUAUGAUUGUGAAAAGUAUUGUUUACGCUUGAAAGCGGUCAAGCUUUUUGUGAUUACAAGUAACCCUUUCGUUGCUUGGGAUGUUGAUAAGUGAAGUCUGUGCAUAUAUUUAACAAACGCGACUACGGAAUUUUCGCACACGACGUUUACUAAACAUUCGGGCCUUUGCACCGAAAGGGACGAUGAGUUUCGUACGAAAUAUUUUUAAAACUCGAACAAUAAUUUCUCAGUCGAUUCAGGUAUCGUUCAAUUUGUUUUACUUUGCUUUAUACUAAAUAAUUGAACGCGCGAUACGUGUACGAUUUUAUUUUUACUACUCAAUCACUUGAUACGAAAGGCAAUACGUAAAUAAAUUGUAAAAAUAGGAUUGUAUAAUCGGUGAAACUUUCAUUUCUGGUUCUGUGUGCGAGUUAGUUUAUGUGGACGAUUGUGAAUUGUGUACCGUGGGGCGAGCGCGAGUCUCUUCCUCACAGAAACCGAUCGGAACCUCGACAAGUCAAUAAGAAUCGGACGUGUUCAAACUGCUCGACUGAAGUAUUUUAUUGUCAUUAUAGAGUACCAUAGUACAAGGCGACAAGAUAGUCAAUGGAUAUCGCAUUUACGAACCGAUAGUUUGUUUCCUGUAUUUUCUACCCUUGCGAGAGACUUUUUGGAACCUUUUUUCUUUUUUUAUUAAGCUACGAUACGGUGUCGUCGAUACCCUGUUUGCGAAGUUCAACGACGUUAUUACUCUAUUUAUUAUAUAUGCGACACAAAAGAAUUUGUAAAAAGAAAGAAAGAUACAAAAAAAAAAAAAAAAAGAAACGAAAGAAUGACUUGGUAUCCAAUUAAGUCAAUGAUAAACAAGACUUCUUCACGUGUGCGUCUCGCGGACGAAUCGCGAGACUGUACGGCAGACCGAGUUGUUGACGGUUUUCUUUCGAGUUUCUACGAAUGUAAUGCGAACGUUUCUAUCCAUAGUAUGUAUGAUGUACAUUGGACGGUAACGAACGAUUCGCAAGGCUCUGACGAUUCCGCGAGAUCGGGUGACAUACGAUGCAUAAGUUAUAGAACGACGAAAGAAUUUCAAUAUAUGUAGUAGUGUGUGGAUAUACAGGGAAAUAGAUUGUAAAGAUU